AGAGCCGGAAGCGGGAGGGGAGAGUGAAACAGGAAAAGCCUGGAAGAAGGAAGUAGAGGGAAGAGGAGGAGAGGGAGGAGGAGGGUGGUGGCGGCGCCGUGGCGGAGGAGCAGGAGCAGGAGGGGGAUGAAGAGGAGAAGGCUCCUAGGUGGCAUGGCGCUCCUGCUCCUCCAGGCGCUGCCCAGUCCCCUGUCAGCCAGGGCUGAACCCCCGCAGGAUAAGGAAACCUGUGUGGGUACCAACAAUCAAAGCUACACCUGUGACACGGGACACUGCUGUGGACAGUCUCAGUGCUGCAACUACUACUAUGAACUCUGGUGGUUCUGGCUGGUGUGUACCAUCAUCAUCAUCCUGAGCUGCUGCUGUGUCUGCCACCACCGCCGAGCUAAGCACCGCCUUCAGGCCCAGCAGCGGCAACAUGAAAUCAACCUGAUCGCCUACCGGGAAGCCCACAAUUACUCAGCGCUGCCAUUUUAUUUCAGGUUUUUGCCAAACUAUUUACUACCUCCUUAUGAGGAAGUGGUGAACCGACCUCCAACUCCUCCCCCACCAUACAGUGCCUUCCAGCUUCAGCAGCAGCAGCAGCAGCUGCCUCCACAGCGGUGCCCUGCAGGCGGCAGCCCCCCGGGCACUGCCGAUAUCACCCGGGACCCCCAGGGGGCGCAGAGCAGCCCCUUGUCUGGGCCCAGCCGAAGCAGCACAAGACCCCCGAGCAUCACUGACCCUGAGCCCUCUGAUGGGCCCGCCGAGCGAGCAGUCACCAAAGUCCCUGGAAUGGAGCCCAGCGGUUCCAUGGCCGGCAUUGGGGAGCUGGACCCAGGCUCCUUCCUGGACAAGGAUUCAGAAUGUAAGGAGGGGCUGCUGAGAGAGCACAGCUCCGAACAUGGUGGCACCCUCCCCGACAACAAGGACAAGACACCCGGUAGACACCGUCGCUUCACCGGUGACUCGGGCAUUGAGGUGUGUGUGUGCAACCGGGGCCAUGAUGAUGACCUCAAAGAAUUCAACACGCUCAUUGACGACGCUCUGGAUGGACCCCUGGACUUCUGUGACAGCUGCCACAUGCGGCCGGCUGGUGACGAGGAGGAAGGGCUGUACCGAACCUCUGAGGAGCAGGCCCAAGAGCCCGGGCACCCCCACUUGCCACGGCCACCUGCCUGUCUGCUGCUGAAUACCAUCAAUGAGCAGGACUCCCCAAACUCCCAGAGCAGCAGCACCCCCAGCUAGAGCAGGCCCUGCCUGCACCUGAGAACUUGGCAACAAAACCAGGGUAGGGGAGAACCACAAGAGAAGCAUUCAGUGACUCAGAAGAAGUGGUGCAGCCACUUAUGUUCUUUCUUUUUUUCCCUCCUGCAUUUUCCUACAACUCCAGAUACAGUUUGGGGUGGGGA